CACUGAGGUGCUUAACCGGUCUGAACAAGCGUUUUAGAGAUUUGGAAAAUCAGUAAUUUCCAAAGUUUGUUUCGUUGCUAGUCUGGAAAGAAAAUAAGCUUGAUGAUGAAUGUUGAAGAAAGUGGUCUGAGAAAUCGUAAUAACAGUCAAUCUGUCACAUCUGACCUUGACAAUAAGGUCAGCUUCGAAAGGUCACUGUCUGCAUCAGAUGAUUUCCUGUGUGGAUGUUGCUUUGACUUGAUGGUCCAACCUACAACAUUAACAUGUGGUCAUAGCUUUUGUAGAAUGUGUGUAGCUAACUGGUACUUUUCCUCAAAGAAAAUGGAAUGUCCACAGUGCCGCAGUGCAUGGACAGGCAAUCCACAAAUUAAUAUAACACUAAAGAAUCUUCUGGAAAAGAUGCACGCUGACUCUAUUCAAGAGAGGGAGACUGAGGUUCUUACAGAGGAGGUGAAGAAAAAGAUUGCCAAGUUUGAUGCAGAGCUCUCGGAGAGUAAAACGUCAGAAUCGAACAAAGCUCAAGGCCAGGGUUUCUGUGGUGGUCUUUGUUUUGCUCUGGCUGUUUUAGUGGUGGUUUAUUUAUCAUGGUACUGGAGAAGCUCCGACCAGGAUCUCUUGGUUCACAAACCACUUGUUAAGUGGACUGUGGACGAUGUUCACCAGUGGUUUACAGACAUGGGUCUCUGGACACAAGAAUAUGUGAAAAUUGUUCAGGAACGAAAAAUAGGGGGAAAUCUCAUGUUACAACUUGAUGAGACUAACAUUGACGAAAUAUUCAACAUUUCUGAUCCAUUACAUAAAAGAGCUUUAAUCAAUUCUGUUAAUGCAGUUAAAGAUAGAGGUGUUAAACCACCAUCCAAUCUCUGGGAGUUCAAGUCUUUAAACCCAGGCUGGGCGCUGUUUCUGUUGUACGGUAUGAAAGAUUUCCCACGAUCAACAUUGUUGUAUCUAUAUUUUACGGAGUACGAGACAAUGUUUCUACCAUUUGCUCACGUUGUAUGUCCUAUCUCACAAGAUCUACCAAAAUAUGAUUUCACACAGUCUUUACCACCAUUAACGUCCGUUCAGUGGGCAGAGUUCGUACCAAAGUAUUUAUUUUUACCAUAUGUGCUGAUUGGAGAGUUCACCUGGGACUGGAUGGAUAUACACUAUUGGACGUCACGAUUUAUUCUCGCAAAUUGUUUGGUGUUGACUCUGUUAGAAGCAAAUUAUGUUGCUAUGUAUUUAAGAGGAGAAAAUGAAUUCAGAUCAUUAUCAGCAGUUGUAACGUCCACUCUAAAGAAUUACCUAUCAAUAGGACUUUUUGUAAUAAUCUGGCCGAUAGUGCCGUCCUUUGUUUGUGAUUGUUUCUUUUACGUGGCUUUGUACUUUUCACCCUAUCAAGUUAGUGAAAAAAUAUUCCGCCUCUGGAGAAGAUAGUACCUUCUAAAAAUCAUGUUGAAAUGUUGAUACAAAGUGCAUUAUGAUGGCAUGCUCAUAUCUUGUAUUUAUUAUUGGAUGUGCAAAACAAAUAAUUAUUGUAUAAAAUUGUAACGUUUUUGCCUGCAGGCAGUAACAUAUUUUACCCUUUGCUUCCAGUGCUGACCAUUAUCAGCAAGUAACUCUGUGCCUUCAGAUCAUGGUCUGCACUGUUAGCAAAUAGUUGGUACUUAUUUUGAUAAUUUCCCUAAAAUGAUGAAUGGUUUUGUCAAAAAUGAAAGAUGGAAAAGUCCAUUUAAGAUAUUUAUGGUGGUAAGGGUUAAUUAAAGUAUUUGAGUUUUGCACAUAAUCUCUUUAUUUGAAUUUUGUAUUAAAUUUACCUAAAUAAUGCUUCAUAAAUAUUCCAAUUUAAUUUGAUUUUGAUUAAAAAAAAAUUUUUACUUUUAUUUAUUUUCUCAAUUGUUUUUCAAUCUGUUUUUUACAUGCCUCCUUUCCAGUCUUUUUGUAUUUUGAAAGCUGUUUGUUGAUUGAUAUAUGUAUAUACAUAUUAGAAGAGCCUUUGUUAAUAUAAAAGUUGUAGAAAAGCAUAUUUAUUGUCAUUUAUUUAGAUAGAAAAUAUUUGGUGAUCAUUUUGAUAUGUCAAGUUUUUCAAAUAUUUUGAAAAUAUUCACUUAUGAUGUUUAUGGAACACUGCUUACAUUGUAAUAGUCUCACAAAAAAUAAAGGUCAAGGACAAUAUGCUUGCUAGAAAUGACCCUGACAGUGUUUGAUUUGGAUAGCAAUCUUAUGGUUAAGCCAUCUGUAUUUGCAUUUAGUAGCAUAUACUACAUAAUCUAUAAAGAGACUUUGCUGCUUUAAAAAAAAAAUCAAAACAUUAAAUUUGAUAAGGUCAAGGUCACAAAAAUUCCAAGGAUAUUAGAUAAGAUUUAUAUAGUAUCACGUUUUAUAAAGGAAUUUCUUGUGCCAAUGAUUAAGAAAUUAAAGAAUGCUAAAUCAAUGUUGUUUCUGUUUUGGGGUGAUUUCAACGAAAUGUAGUUCAUUGUCAGGAAGAUUUUGGUUUAGAAGAUUUUGUUUUCAUAAUGAAAUAUUAUAGCCAUUGAUACAUAACUAUUUACUGUCUUGUGUCAACAACUUACAUGAUCUUUAAAAUCACUAGAGGAUAAAACUCUAUCAGCGGUAAUCUUCCUUUAUUCAUUUCUUAAGAGUGAUAAAGUUAUUCUAAUUGACCAUUUUAGAACUCGAUGUUCAGUUUAGUGUUCUUAAUGGCCAUUUUAGGAAUCACUUGUGUUCUGAUUGGCCAUUUUAGGACUCACAAGUGUUUUCAUUGGCCAUUUUAGGACUCACUAGUGUUCUUAUUGGUCAUUUUAGGACUCAAAAGUGUUCUGAUUGGCCAUUUUAAGACUGAAGUGUUCAGGUUGGUCAUUUUAGGAAUCACUAGUGUUCUAAUUGUCCAUUUUAGGACUUUUUGAUAAUUUGAUAGGCCAUUGUAGGACUCAUAAGUGUUCUGAUUGGUAAUUUUAGGAUUCACUAGUGUUUAUGUUGGUCAUUUUAGGACUCACUAGUGUUCUGAUUGGCCAUUUUAGGACUCACUAGUGUUCUGAUUUGUUAUUUUAGAUCUCACUUGUGUGCUGAUUGGCCAUUUUAGGACUCACUUGUGUUCUGAUUGGCCAUUUUAGGACUCACUAGUGUUCUGAUUGGCCAUUUUAGGACUCACUAGUGUUCAGGUUGGUCAUUUUAGGACUCACUAGUGUUCUCAUUGGCCAUUUUAGGACUCACUAGUGUUCUGAUUGGUCAUUUUAGUACUCACUAGUGUUCUGAUUGGUCAUUUUAGGACCUGGUAAUGUUCUCAUUGUCCAUUUUAGGACUCCUGCUAAUUUGGUUGGUCAUUUUAGGACUCACAAGUGUUCUCAUUUGUCAUUUAAGGACCUGGUAGUGUUUUGAUUUGUCAUUUUAGUACUCACUAGUGUUCUGAUUGGCCAUUUUAGGAUUCACUAGUGUUCAGGUUGGUCAUUUUAGGACUCACUAGUGUUCUGAUUGGCCAUUUUAGGACUCACUAGUGUGCUGAUUGGCCAUUUUAGGACUCACUAGUGUUCUGAUGUGCCAUUUAAGGAUAAGUAUUUUUUACAAUACAAAAAUAAAGAGCAUAACCAUUUUUGGAUGAAACAUGUGAGGAACUUAUUCUCAUCAACUCUUAUCAACUGUAUUACCUCCUUAUGUGAGGUAGAAAUGAGGGAAAAAUUAUUUUAACAAAUUCCUUGAAACAAUUGUCACCAAACAUACAUGGUCCUUGAUCAAGUUAUAAGUUUUGCCACUUUUGUGUUAGAAUAGAAAUGAACAUGCAUAGGUUAACUUGAGGUAACAUUGGAAGAAAUAUCUUAGAACCAUUUUUUCUCUGGGACAGACUUUUCUGAAGUGGGUCACUGGUCUCCUAUAGGUCUUUUUAUAUGAGCUUGAUUUGUUUUUACAGGCAUUCCAUUGACAGUUAUAAGUGUAUUAUUUAUACAAUUUUUUGGAUGUGAUAUUUUUUUAUAUACAUGUUAUUUAUCCAUAUUAUGUAUUAUAACUUGGCAUCAUUUAUCUCCAUACUUACGUACUUGUAAAGAGUUGUUUGUUCUUGCCGGUCAUUAUAUGAACAUUUGGUUUGUAUAUUAUGAACAUAUGGGUAAAGCCUUCGUGCAGAAGAAAAAAAGAACUCUUUAACUGUUAAAGGGACUCCUUUGAAGUUUUUUGACAUGACGAGACUAAAAGUAAUUUUUGGAGAUUAAUGUACCAUUUAAUGUAGAUCUAGACCUAUAACUUGUGUACAAAAUCCUCACAUGAUCGCUUUACUGUUGUAAGUUUGAUAAUCUGUGCCCUUGUCUGUAUGGCUUUUUCUUUGGUGCUGAUGUUGUCAAAAUUGUCCUAGUAAGAUUGUUAUGUUCCCUUGCAAGUUGUCCCAAAAUUCUAUAACUUUUAAAAAGUUAUUUCCUUUUUCUCUGAGUUUGAAUAUUCGUCUUAUCUAGAAUGCCUGAGCCUUGUUAUGGCAAACCCAUCUGCUGACCGCUGCGUUCCUAAUCCAUGGGGCCCGAAAGGGGUUUUAUUUGUUGGAUAAAAUCUGUUUGAAAAAGGCUUAACAUGAUGUAAUAAAUUUCUGUAUUUAUAUACUUGCUGGCAAAGUAAGAUUCAGUUUUGUAAAAUAAAAAUAAAAGUUUUGUUUUAAUGUAUUAUUUUAAUAUGUAUUUUGUAGUAACAUAUGAUAAAUGUACAUGUAUUUAUUCAUAUCUUUCUUUAGUGUGUUUACUCAUUAAGUAUUAAAGAAAUGUUUCAAACAUUCUUGGUCAAGUGUACGUGUUUUUUCACAGGGUAUAUUUAGCCUGUCUGUAUGUUCAAACAUUCUUGGUCAAGUGUACGUGUUUUUUCACAGGGUAUAUUUAGCCUGACUGUAUGUUCAAACAUUCUUGGUCAAGUGUACGUGUUUUUUCACAGGGUAUAUUUAGCCUGACUGUAUGUUCAAACAUUCUUGGUCAAGUGUACGUGUUUUUUCACAGGGUAUAUUUAGCCUGACUGUAUGUUCAAACAUUCUUGGUCAAGUGUAUGUAUUUUUUCACAGGGUAUAUUUAGCCUGACUGUAUGUCCAAACAUUCUUGGUCAAGUGUAUGUGUUUUUUCACAGGGUAUAUUUAGCCUUACUGUUGAUUUAUAUGCAAGAAAUUAUUGUCUUGCUACAUUAAUUAUUUAAAAGACUGGCAUUGCUAAGGGGCAUGGGCGGUUACUUGCACUUUCCAGUACCGUUGAUGAACAGGCACAAUCAGACCGAGCCUGCAACAUUUACAAUUUUGUUGUUUCAGGCAUUCUAUAGGAAUUCUGUUUUUUCUCUAUUUCUAUUACCUAUAACACUUGUAUAGUGUUUGGUCGGCAUUAACCUUUUCCCAUUACCCUACUGGAACUGAGAGUUAUUACCCUUUGCCACCAGUGUAGAGCCAGGCCAGCCUGUAUAUCAGUGCAGCCUGCCUGUUGGCAAACUUUAAUUUUCAUCUUGAUACCCCCAAAACAUAUAAUGGACAGUUCUUAAAAUGGAAGCUGGACAAGUUCAUUUAAGGAAAUUCAGCAGGUUAAGAAAGAUAACCAGACUCUGUAUUGUCAGCUUUUUAAAUUAAGAAAUUUUGAUACUAAACUCCCUUGAAUUAAUAUAGAACUGUUCCAAAGUUCAAAACAGGAUGAGUCCAUUAUACAAAUUUAAGAUUUAAUUGUCUAAGUGUGUUAUUUAAUUGUUUAUAUAGGUCAAGGUUAAAUUAUUGAAUGAGUUAUUUGGUUAAUUGAUCCUUUUUUUAUAGAUUUUUUAGCUCACCUGUCACAAAGCGACAGGGUGAGCUUUUGUGAUCGCUUUUCGUCCGGCGUCCGUCCGUCGUCCGUCCGUCGUCCGUAAACUUUUACUUUAAAUGACAUCUCCUCAUAAACCACUAGGCCAAUUUCAUCCAAACUUCACAGGAAUGUUCCUUUGGUGGUCACCUUUAAAAAUUGUUCAAAGAAUUUAAUUCCAUGCAGAACUCUGGUUGCCAUGGCAACCGAAAGAAAAAACUUUAAAUAUCUUCUUUUAAAAAACCCUAAGAGCUAGAGCUUAGAUAUUUGGCAUGAAACAUCUUCUAGUAAGUGUCUACCAAGUUUGUUCAAAUAAAAGCCCUGGGGUCAAAAUUGGCCCCGCCCCAGGGGGUCAUUGAUUUUCCCUAUAUGCAUAUAGUAAAAACUUAAAAAAUCUUCUUUUAAAGAACCCAAAGAGCUAGAGCUAAAAUAUUUAGCAUGAAACAUCUUCUAAUGAGUGUCUACCAAGUUUGUUCAAAUAAAAGCCCUUGGGUCAAAAUUGGCCCCGCCCCAGGGGGUCAUUGAUUUUCCCUAUAUGCAUAUAGUAAAAACUUAAAAAAUCUUCUUUUAAAUAACUCAAAGAGCUAGAGCUAAGAUAUUUAGCAUCAAACAUGUUCUAAUAGGUGUCUACCAAGUUUGUUCAAAUAAAAGACCUGAGGUCAAAAUUGCCCCGCCCCGGGGGUCAUUGAUUUUCCUUAUAUGUGUAUAGCAAAAACUUAAAAUCUUCUUUGAAAAAACCCAAAGAGCUAGAGUUUAGAUAUUAAGCAUGUAACAUCUUUUAGUAAGUGUCUACAAAGUUUGUUCAAAUAAAAGCCCUGGGGUCAAAACUGGCCCCGCCCCAGGGGUGUCAUUGUUUUUAACUAUUUGUGUAUAGUAAAAACUUAAAAAAAAUCUUCUUUUAAAAAGCCCAAUGAGCUAGAGCUUAGAUGUUUAGCAUGAAACAUUUUCUUAUGGGUGUCUACCAAGUUUGAUCAAAUAAAAGCCCUUGGGUCAAAAUUGGCCCCGCCCCAGGGGGUCAUUGAUUUUCCCUAUAUGCAUAUAGUAAAAACUUAAAAAAUCUUCUUUUUAAGAACUCAAAGAGCUAGAGCUAAGAUAUUUAGAAUCAAACAUGUUCUAAUAGGUGUCUACCAAGUUUGUUCAAAUAAAAGCCCUGGGGUCAAAAUUGGCCCCGCUCCGGGGGUCAUUGAUUUUCCUUAUAUGUGUAUAGUAAAAACUUAAAAAAUCUUCUUUGAAAAAACCCAAAUAGCUAGAGUUUAGAUAUUAAGCAUGAAACAUCUUCUAGUGAGUGUCUACAAAGUUUGUUCAAAUAAAAGCCCUGGGGUCAAAAUUGGCCCCGCCCCAGGAGGUCAUUGAUUUUCCUUAUAUGUGUAUAGCAAAAACUAAAAAAUCUUCUUUGAAAAACCCAAAUAGCUAGAGUUUAGAUAUUAAGCAUAAAACUUCUUCUAGUAAGUGUCUUCAAAGUUUGUUCAAAUAAAAGCCCUGGGGUCAAAACUGGUCUCACCCCAGGGGUGUCAUUGUAUUUAACUAUAUGUGUAUAGUAAAAACUUAAAAAAAUCUUCUUUUAAAAAACCCAAUGAGCUAGAGCUUAGGUGUUUAGCAUGAAACAUCUUCUUAUGGGUGUCUACCAAGUUUGUUCAAAUAAAAGCCUUUGGAUUAAAAUUGGCCCUGCCAGGGGGGGAGGGGGAAGGUCAUUGUUUUUCAUUAUAUGUGUGUAGUAAAAACUUAACAUCAUGAAACAUCUUCUAAUGGCUGUCUUCCAAGUUUGUUCAAAUAAAAGCCCUGGGGUUUAAACUGGCCCCGCUCCAGGGGCCUAUAUACAGGUGAGCGAUCUCAGGGCCAUCAUGGCCCUCUUGUUUAGAAUUUAAUGGCAGAUUUGUGAAAUAAUUUUUUAAUCAUACAUUUAACACCAUUUUCAUUAUACAUUAUAUAUGUAAAUUAUAUCUUUAUAUACAAUCUUUAAUAAAAUGAACUCGGGAAAUCAAAGGUGGUGCAAUAUAUUUUGUAAGUUGAAAUUGUAGCUGCUUGCCUGCAGAUGAGCCAAAACUAUUUCAAGAAAAUCAAACUUAAGAAAAAUGUACUUAGAUUUUAAGAGAAGUAAAAAGAUUCAAGUAAUGAUUUACAUGUAAUGUGCAAUUAAUGACUGAUUUAGCAGUAUUUAAAGCCAUAUUUUACUGCAUGACUUCUGCAGUAAUGGCUAUUUUUGCAUAUUUUGACCUCUUUUUGGUAAUUUACAUGGAUUGUUAAAUGCAUUGUCUUAAUGAUUAUCUUUGUUCAUUACACAAUAUUUUACUAAUAAAAUACAUUUUCAUGAAAAAAUUCAUAAAAAUUAGCAUGAAUCUGGAGGCAUGCUGCUUUAAAAUAUGGAUGGAUAAUUUUAUACGGCUUUAAAAAAGGUGACAUGUAUUUAUUAUAGCUUUCCAUAAUUAAAUGUUUCUUGUAAGCUUUAAAGGGACUCCACCGGCAUCCAAAAGCCUAAAAUCAUAAAAUUUAACAUCUUACUUAGACCAAUUUUGGCACUGAAAAUAAAAAGAUAUGCAAAAAAUAGUUAAGAAAUAUACUGAGAAAAUAAAAGAUAAGGUGUUUCUGUGCUUUUCAUAGCCUGAUUUGAAGUUUAUUGGUCAAUGUUCUCUUUUAGAAUAAUUAUUCUGGAAAAACAGAGUGAGUGAAUGACCUGAAAUUUUGCACACUUAUCUCGAAAAAUUAUUUCUAGUUCCGUCAUGUCAAAAAACCUCAGUUGAGUCCCUUUAAGAAUAUAUUUUGUAAUCUCUAGCCUUCACUAUUUUGCAGUCAAGCAUACAUGUGUAGACUGGUUGAUCAUGUAACAUGUAUUCUAUAUAUAAACCUAUUAGUAGAUCUUUACUUAGAUCUUUACUUACUUUGUAUAGUACAUUCUUGCAUGGUUGUUGUAAUUCUCUUUUGUUGUAUCUUCUGUAUGGUCAUCAAAAGCUGUAUAGAUGUACUUGAUAAAUUUCUGCCCAAGAUAAUUCCUUAAGUUUGUUGGUGGCAGUUAAAGACACCCAUGUGACCUUAGUUCAGACAAAGCAUAAGCUGUCACAUCCAUGCUGUUUGAUCAUGGUCUGUACUGUUUGGUAAUUCAGUCAGUAUGUAUCUUUAAAUUUUACCUAAAAAUGAGCCGCGUCACGAGUGGGUUUGCGACCAGCGUGGAUCCAGACCAGCCUGCGCUUCCGCGCAGUCUGAUCAGGAUCCAUGCUGUUCGCUAUCAGUUUUUCUACUUGUAAUAGAGUUGGUAAGCGAACAGCAUGGAUCCUGAUCAGACUGCACAGGCUGGUCUGGAUCCAUGCUGGUCGCAAACCCAUUAUGUUUGUUUUGUCGUGACACCGCUCAAAUGAUGAAUGGUCUUGUCCAGAUUGAAAGAGAGACUAGUCUAUUUAAGGUUAUUUUAGGUGGUAAGUGGUAACUUUUUAACUGCUAGUUGUGUUGAUAUGAUGUGUAGUGUGAAUUUACUUUAAAAUAGACUGCAAAAGAAAUUGAACUACGAAUUUUCUUUACCAAAGUCAACGCUAAAAAGUUUGACUGUAUAUCACAUAACUUUUUUGUGUUAAAUGAUAUAUGAUAUAGGAAACAAAAAAAAUGAAUGCAAGUUUAUUGCAAACUACAUGUACUUUUACUUACUUUAUUUAUUGUUAGGGAUAUCCCAUUAACUUUGGUGCAUGCUGUAUUUUCUAAUUUCUUGGGAAUACUUUUUUCUCUUUGGAUAAAUUUUCUGUCUAUAGAUUUCUAUAUUUUUUUCUAAACUUUUGCAUAAUAGAUCUACAUGUGUAUUAAUUUUUUGUGAUAUAUUUUUUUAUUGUCAUUGAUUAUUAAUAAAAAAUUAUGAUAUUUGUUAAUACUGUUGUUAAAUCUAAUUUAAAAAAUAUACAAUGUUAAUUUAUUGGUAAUUUUAUUAAUGAAUAGGAAAUGUAAAUGUAUCAUUAUUUUUUUCUGAUAUUAAUUUUUACCAUCAAUAAUUUGCGUUAAAAAAAACAUUCAUUAAGCAUAGAAUACCAAUUUACAUGAUUUGAAUUGGCUAGUUAAACCUUCAAGUGCUGGUGUUGUGUCAGUGCGCAGGUAAUAUACAAAAUAACUGUGUUCAAUUUCAUAUUUUAUUAGGCAAAAAUAAUCAUCCAUGUGACCUAUGGAAAAUUCUAUUACUUUUGAAUGUAUUGGUAGCGUCCAAUUUUAAAAAAGAGCAGGGCAGUCUUUUUAUAAUAUUGGUAUUUAAAAUAUUUUAUCCAAAAUAUUUCUUCAUUAUCAUUUAUUGAUCAAUAAAAGUCAAUUUCUUGAAAUUUAUUCUGGACUUGAUGGCAAAUAUUGAUAGCAAAUAAAUGUGCAUGUCACUUUAAGCCUCUACUGCAGACAGCAUGCACACCUGUUCAGUUUUACAAGACACUAUAGUGUUAUAAGGACUGCUCAGUUUUAAUGGAACUCAACUGAGGUUUAAAAGUGUAAAAAACAUAAAAUUGGAAUCUCUUACAUGGAUCAGCUGCAGCACUUAAAACAGAUAGUUACUCGAAAGAUUAAGGAAUAUACUCAGAAAUGAAUUAAAAAUUAUAUUUUUGUGCUAUUUUUAGCCGGAUAUGAGUGAAAUUUUGGAUCAUUGUUAACAGUUAAGAGUAAUUAGUCUACAGAGUGAGCAAAUGAUCUGAAAAUUUUCACACAUUGUAUUUGUUGAGACCUACAUCAAAUGGAAAAUUAUGCUUGAAAAAUCAUUUCCUGUCCCAUUAUGUCAAAACAACCUGAGUGGACUCCCUUUAAAGUUUUAAUAUUGAAAGUUGGACAAAGACAGGAGAAUAAGGUUACAUUUUAUUGCACGUAUAUCUAUAUUCUAUCUUGUUUAUUGUAAGAAAAUGUCUCUGAUAUUUGUUAAAAUGCUACUGUUAUUUUUCUUACCAGAUUCUUUAAAAUGCAAAUAAAAUGCUAUAAUACAUGUA